AUGAAGCGUGGUAUUAGGAGGAAAGAGAACAGUGGCCAGGAUACUGCUAUUCGCAAACGAAGAUCCGGCCUGAUUCAUGACAAUCCCGAUGACUCAGAAACGCAUCUGCAUGAAAGGAUCGUGUCCGAUAACAGCAGAGGUCAAGUAGAGGGGACUGUCAAUGAUGAUUCUGUGUCAUCCUCCUCCUCCUCCUCCUCGGGAGGAUUUCAGAGUACGGGCGCCUUGCACAACUUUGAUUCACAGAGUGGUGUCGCAUCUGAAAUUUCCACCGUUGUAUCCAACCACUCGCAUGAAUCUCUCUCCUUUAUUCGGGGAAAGGCUCUUUACAAUCUAGCACAAGAAAUGGAUGCCUUGGUGGACGAAAUGGAGCUUGGGGACGUUGCAAAUGAUGAGGAGGGACCCAUGAUCAGUGGAAGCAUUUCGGAUGAUGAUUUAGACAAUCUUCAGCUAGAGCUGGCCAAUGCAGAUCAAGAGUUUGGGGAUAUGUUUGAUUGGGACGGGAAGUCCAUUAUUGUGGUCGAAGCGGAAAGCGAUUUGUUAGGAAAGGUUGAUAAUGGAAGAACGGAUGUUCUCCGCGAUCGAGCUAUAUUGGCCAAAAUGGAAUCCAGUGAUUUCCAGCCACAGUCCAGAGCAGAACCGCAAGAUACGAAUCACCAUCCAUCUCUGAUCUCGCUGGAUGAAAGUACAACAAGUCUAAAAGAAGAUGGCACGAGCACUAAAGCAAGAAGUUCGCAACACUCUGAGUUGACAAGGAUGGAAUCCAAUGAUUUCCAACCACCAGCUCACUCGGCACAGGCACCCGAGAUUCAUUUCGCCCCAGUUUCGUUGAAGGAAAGUACCGAGGGCCUGCAAGAAGAGUACAGUCGGCCAAGGCAGCAACAAAAUACGGCCUUUCGACAACUCGAAGAAAUACUUACACUGGUUAAAGAAGAAAAUCGAGCUCUCAAGACGGAAAUGGAUCAAAUGCAACAAUCUCGUACCAGCGAAGAGAAAGAAUAUGGCAAGAGCAUGCAAGCGGUCGAAGACCAGGUUGUGGUCCUAAUGAAACGACUUCAAGGCAAGCAAGUGCAACAUAAUAGUGUUGUGAAACAAGCCAAGGAUGAGCGUGCAUCCCUGAAACGGCAACUUCAAAACAAGGCUGAACAAAUUCAAGAGCUCUCUACUCAAUUUCAGCAAAAAACAAAAGAGGAAGAGUCGAGACGUCAAAAGCUAGAAAUGGCACUCGCAACUGUACAGGAAGAUCUGGAACCGGUGGAUUCUGUCACUUCGGACAUGGUCCAAGAGUUGGACGGUGCAUCUUCCAUGGGCAAUAGCUCUUCUAUUCAUAAUACUACUCGAUCAUGGCGGGAUACGGAUAGCUGGUGGGCAGCAUCUCCCAAGAAGCCUACUCUUCUUCGAAAAGAUUCGCAGCUGCCAGUUGGUAUCGAUAAAAUCCCCGAAGCAUUGACGAUCAAUCAUAUUCUUCACAUGUGUCAGAGUCCUCCCAAGGUUUCCAGACUAUCACCAAAGUAUUAUGACACUCCACCCGAUAUGAUUGAUGAAAUCAGGACACGAAACGAAAAGGCUGUCCAAGUCUUGGCCGAAUUGAAGACCAAGGUUAGGCACAGUAAAUCAGCCAAGAAAAAGAAGGAUUUUGAGGGACGAAGCACGCCCCCAGCUCUGGAUUAUGGUCAAGCAGAACCUGCGCUAGUGAACGAAAACGUGCAAGAGCUGAACGAGAACAAUGACAUGCUCCUCUAUCAAUUUGACCAAGAAAGUGACAUAUUGAACAGGCAGCUGUCAGUCCAGCAGGAAAUCAUUGCUCGAUUGGAAACCAAGCACAAGACAAUUAUGGAGAAUAGUCGCCAGCGAUACAGCUCCUACGAAAUUGAAUUGUCUGAGUUGAAGGCCACAUAUGACGAACAAUUGGCAACCUUUGCCAAUGAAAACGAGUCGUUGAAUCAAAAGUUGGUCAAUGUUACUUCGACGAUUGACCGAUUGAAGUCUCGGCACGAGCAAGAAAUUACUAGCCUGAAAUUGGAACGCCAUGAGAUUGAAGAGGAACUCUUGGAGAACAGCGUAUCGGUGUCCAAUCCUGGUUUUGAUCGAUUCAAGCAAGAGAACGAGUCGUUAUCCAAGCAGCUCGUCCAAUACAACGAUGCUCUGGACAAGCUCCGAAUUCGACACGAACAAGAGAUGAAGGCUCACGCAUCUGGUCAAAUUUUUUUGGUGGAGGAGUUGAAGAAGCUACAAUCCAAGUACGAAAGAACCGUCGGUUCCUUUCAUCGGCAGAAAGAAAUACUAAUGAGGAAACUGCUUGAAAAAGAAAGGGCCAUUUCCGAGAUUGAAGUUGCCAAAGAAAGUACCCUGAAGGCAAGCAAAGAAGAGAAGCAGCGACUGGAAGAGCAGUUGCAAGAGCUCGAUGAACGAUGUACCAAGAUGAAAAAGGAACGGGCUGGGCUAUUGCAAGCACAGAAAAAGAAGUUCGAACUAAUUUCCUCGCAGCUGAAGGGCCUCAAGGCCAUGCGAGACAUGGAGCGUAGCAAUGCCCAGAAAAGGAUCAAUAUCUUGGAAGAAAAGCUUCAAACCAUCAAAUCGAAGCGCAACGUGGGACAGGAAGGAGAAUACCAGAUGAUGUCGCGGAAUUUGGAAGGCUCGGAUACGACAUACAGCAACUUUAAGUCUGAUCACGAGGUGGCAGUUGAAGCAAGUGACACCAGUCGAUCAAGCUGUUUGGAUCCUAUGGCUGAUGAAGAUGACAAGGUACAGGAGACGCGAAUCGCUUCGGCAGCUGGUCGAAAAUUAAAACAGCAGUCAUUUGUGGGAACGAGGGGGAUAAUUGUCUCGUUGCUCUCAAUCCUGAUCAUCUGGGUCAUUGUGCGAUUGAUGCGAAGCAGUAUCGACGAAAGGGACUCUUUCAAUCGAAAAAUUGAAGCCUUGCAAAAUGAAGUAAAGGAUUGGGAGAUGCAGGAUAUGGCCAAUGAUGUCAUGAAUGUGGAACUUCAGCAUUCACUCGAAGAGACGACCUCGGCAUCGAUGAGUCAUAGGCAGGAAGCAUUCAGAUUGGCGGGCCAGCUCGACAAGUUGCUUGUCAAGUACGAAGCACUUCAACAGGAACACGCCAACUACCUUGAUUUGUACUCUGAAGAAACAAGCCAUGAUUCUCUGCCUCGAUGUUUCGAUAGUCCGACUCUUUCCUUGGCUGCUUUAUUCGAAGCACAAUUGGAAGGCUUGAUUGAGCAGCGUGGCAGCAUCGAGACGCAAGUUCAAUUACUUGAUGCUGCUGCUACCCCUGUAGUCACAGCCUGUUUGUCAGCGGAAGCGAAAAGUUUGGAGUUUCAGGAAGAAUCGCCAUCAACUUUUGUGGAGAUGAGUGAUUCGGUUGUGUCACAAGAUAAUGCUUCCGUAAAAUUUGCAGACAGCCAGGCAACCGUGUUUGAAUUGUCAAAAGCUGGUCUCGAGGCGGAAUUCUUUCUUGUGGAGAACCUGGCGAUGUUAUCUCAAUUGGAAGGAUUUGAAAAGGAAACCCUUCGUGAUCUUCCACUUUUUCUACGCCAAGGAGUAUCUCUUGCAACUGACAUGCUCGACGAGAAUUUUGCAGCACUUUGGAUCUCGCUAUCUGCUCUGCAAGACGACAUCAAAUCCCAGGCAUCUUUCUUCAGGGAUCGUGCUGCCACAGUGGUCCAGGAUGCAGCAUCGAAAUUGAAGAACCGAUUGUUUCCUCGGCAUCGCCGUAUGAUCAAAAGCGAAGAAGGGGUGUGGCUUGAUCUUUGA